UGUGAUAGCUUUAAUUUGCAGUGUAACACAAUUGCAACAACUUAUCGUAUACGGGUUGACUGUUUGGUAGAGGAUCGUGGCUAACCUUCCCUUGGCAAUGUGCAAUCAUGAAUGUGCAGGAUGGUAUUAAUGCUGCAUUUUCGGUGCUUGUUUCGGUGCUGAUAGUGAUAGUGUUGGUUUGUUUAGGUUGGUAUCUAGUCUGGAAGCUGUUUCUCUCCCGAUUUAAGCUGGUACGCGAGCUGCUAGGCAUUGCCCAGUCGAACGAACAUUCGCCAGCACACACCUCGGGCAAGGAUUACUCAACGGCGGGCAGUGGCGGUAUCAGUGGUGGCAACAGUCUCAACAACUUAAACGUCGAUAAUAGGACACGUACCCGCAAGGUACGAAGAGAUUAGUCGU